AUGCCUUUCCACAAGUUGGUCAAGAACAGCGCGUACUACAGCCGCUACCAAACCAAGUACAAGCGUCGCCAGCAAGGCAAGACCGACUACUACGCCCGCAAGCGCCUCAUCACCCAGGCCAAGAACAAGUACAAUGCGCCCAAGUACCGCAUGGUCGUCCGCUUCACCAACAAGGACAUUAUCACCCAGAUUGUGACCUCGGAGGUCUCCGGCGACAAGGUCUUCGCUGCCGCCUACGGCCACGAGCUCAAGGCCUACGGCAUCGAGCACGGUCUUACCAACUGGGCUGCCGCCUACGCCACUGGUCUCCUUCUGGCCCGCCGUGUCCUCAGCAAGCUCGGCCUCGACAAGCAGUUCACUGGUGUCGAGGAGGCUGACGGUGAGUUCACCCUCACCGAGGCCGCCGAGGGCGAGGACGGCGAGGAGCGCCGCCCCUUCAAGGCCUUCCUCGACGUCGGUCUUGCCCGCACUUCCACCGGUGCCCGUGUCUUCGGUGCCAUGAAGGGUGCCUCGGACGGUGGCAUCCUCAUCCCCCACUCCGACAAGCGUUUCCCCGGCUACGACAUGGAGUCCAAGGAGCUCGACGCCGACACCCUCCGCCGCUACAUCUUCGGUGGCCACGUGGCCGAGUACAUGGAGACCCUCGCCGACGACGAUGAGGAGCGCUUCGCCUCCCAGUUCCAGCAGUACGUCGACGACGACGUCGAGGCCGACGGUCUUGAGGACCUCUACGCCGAGGCCCACAAGGCCAUCCGCGAGGACCCCUGGAAGAAGGCUGAGUCCGACGCGCCCAAGAAGUCCAAGGCCGAGUGGAAGGAGAUCUCCAAGAAGCACAAGGACCGCAAGCUGACCAAGGAGGAGAAGGAGGCUGGCAUCAAGGAGCGCAUCCAGGAGAUCCUGGACGAGGAGUAG